AGGCGCAUCGGCACGUGCCCCGCACCCCGUCUGUCCGCUCCCCGCCAGCCAGCGCCCGGCGGCACACCCACGUGCUCCCUUAAAAACGAUCUGGUCUUGCUGGCUCCGAGGAGCGAAGCUACGACUACGAGCCAGAGCCUAGGAGACGAGCACUCCCGUCAUCUCUCUUCAAACUUCUCCUUCCCAGUAGAUUCCGAUCUGCGGGAUGCGGAUCCCUAGGCUACUCGCGUCGGCGGCGGCGCUGCUGCUGCUGCUCUUCGUCGCUGGGGCGGCGGCGCAGGAGGCGGUGGUGGUGGGGGACGUGGAGCCGGAGGAGAUCGCGGCGAAGGCGAGGGCCAAGGAGGAGCUGGUGCUCGCGGCCGAGCUGGAGCAGCUCAGGGCGAAGCUCUCCGCCCUAGAGUCGAGCAUUACAUCACAGACCCAGGAGUUGAAGAGCAAGGAUGAUGGCAUUGAGACACUGGAAAAGGUUAUUGGGGAGAAGUCACAGAACAUUGCUACUCUACAGAGUGAGAUAGCCUCCCUCCAGUCAAAGGGAUCUAUAGCUGCAAACGAGCAGGCAGGCAAGGCCAAUGCCCGGGCUAUUGAGCUUGAGAAACAGAUUGAGGAGCUCAAGAAGGACAUCGCGGCCCAAAAUAACAAAAAGGCCACUAUGGAGGCUAGGGCUACUGAUGCAGAGAAGAAGGUGCAAGAUCUGAAUGCUAAGCUGGAGAGACUUCAAAAGACAAGUGGUGAGCAAAAGCGUAGAAUCAAGAAGACUGAACAUGCUCUUAAAGUUGCAGAGGAGGAGCUUUUGAGGGUCCAGUUAGAAGCAACAACUAAAUCAGAACAGCUUGGAGAGGUUCAUGGAGCCUGGUUGCCACCUUGGUUAGCGACACAUGCAGCUCGCUCUGUGGAGUUGAUGUCAAAUCGAUGGAAUGAACAUGGGAAACCUGCUCUCAACAGUUUUUUGCAGAAGGCAUCAGAAAAAUCAGUGCAGGCAAAGGAAUGGGCCAAGCCCCAUAUAGAAACUGCUAAGGCGAAAUCUAUUCCUGUUAUUAAAGAGAAGUGGGCUAUUGCAAAGACAAAUGCAGAACCUUAUCUGCAAAUGGUCUCUGCAAAAUCAGUAGAGAUUUAUCAAGCAUCAAGGGAUGCUAUCUCACCUCAUGUUGUGAAAGUACAUGAGUUUGCUGAUCCCUAUUUCCAGGAAGCCAAGAAAUUGUCCAAACCUUAUAUUGAUCAAGUUGCUAAGGCCAGUAAACCACAUGUUGACAAACUUAGAACCACCCUGAAGCCUUACACUGAAAAAGCAGGCCAUGCAUAUGAAACGCUUCUUGAGACAGCUACUUUAUAUCAUAAGCAGGCUCAAGCAACUAUCUUGGAUUACAUGCACCAACAUGAAUUUUUAAAACAAUAUGCGACAGGAGAGUUGGUGUGGUUUCUGGCUUUUGCUUGGCUGCUUAUGCCCGUAUAUGUUUUCUACAUAGUCGUAACAGAAAUCUUCUGCACAAGGAAGCAGAAGAAAUCCCCACGGAAUGAUAAGGCCAACCAUGGCCAUCGGAGACACAAGCGUCGUCAUGCUGACAAAUAGACCAUGGAUGACAACAUUUUUUAGUCUGUGGUUUGCCACACUGGAGUUAAAAAAGAUAUUGAAGUACGAAGAUGUAAGCGCAGAUGAGUUUGUUGGAUUGUCAUGCAAAUUGAGGAGAUUGAUCCUGGGUCAUCACUAAACCUUAUUGUGAAUUAUACUCAAACAUAACUGUUUUUUUUAGCAAAUGUAGUGGUUGUGUGCGCGUUGUUGAGUGGGGAAUUACGAGUAAAGCUGUGGGGUAUUCGUUUAAUUGGUCACUUAUUGUAGUAUUGUCAAUUCCUUUGUUUGAGCUUUGUCCGAUCCAUCCUUACGGCUUCCGACCGCGUGAACCGUGUGACUGUUGUUACUGAGAAGUUUCAAGCGUCGCUGA